UCCCGGCGCGCUGCGCGGCGCCCGGGCGCUGCCGGGAGGCGGCGGCGGCGGCCGGGCGGUCGAUCGGCGGGAUGCGGCUGUCGGUGGCGGCCGCCAUCUCGCAUGGCCGUGUGUACCGGCGGCUCGGGCUCGGCCCGCGGUCUCGCCUGGACCUGCUGCGGAACCUGGUGACAGCGCUGGUGCGCCAUGAGCGCAUCGAGACGCCCUGGGCGCGGGCCGACGAGAUGCGCGGCUACGCCGAGCGGCUCAUCGACUACGCCAAGCGGGGGGACAAGGACGAGCGCGCCAUGCGCAUGGCGGAUUUCUGGCUGACCGAGAAGGACCUCAUCCACAAGCUGUUCAAGGUGCUGGCGCCCCGCUUCCAGCCGCACCCCGGCAGCUACACGCGCCUGCUGCAGAUCCCCAACCGGGACGGGCUGGACCGCGCCAAGAUGGCGGUGAUCGAGCUGAAGGGGAACCCGCUGCCGCCGCUCGUCCGGCCGCGCCGCGACUCCGACAAGACGCUGCUGAACCAGCUGCUCAAGGGCUACCGGCAGGACGCGCAGCGGGCGGCCGCGCCCCGGGGCACCCCCGUCUAGAGCCCCCCCGUACCCGAGAGAGGGGAAGGUGUGGCGGGAGGGUGAUGGAAGUUGCCAUGGCGAGGGCUGCUGAGUUUAUUGGCUGCUUCCAGUGGUUUGAAGGGAGACUCAGCAGGAGAAGGAAACCAAGCUAGGAGCCCUGAUGAUUUAUAUUUUCUGUGUAAAUAAACUUUGUUCAGAAAGUC